ACCAGCGGAGGGGACUUUACGGCUGAGUAUGAGCCAGGCUGCUAGGAGCCAGGUACCCCCACGCCUGCAGUCCGCGCGCCGUCCCCGGAAUGCGAGCUGGACGCAGGGUUCUCCCAAGUUUCCACCGAGCCGAAUAAAAAGCGUCCGCCCGCAGCUCUCCGCCAAAGACUGACGUUGACUCCAGGACUCCACAGAAUGGAGCAAGAAUGAGAGGAAAAAGGCCGGCAGAAAAGCAUGAACUGGAGGUUUGUUGUGCUCCUCUACUUCCUGUUUGUAUGGGGCCGUAUCUCAGUGCAGCCCUCCCACCAGGAACCAGCUGGGACAGACCAACAUGUCUCCAAGGAAUUUGAUUGGCUUAUUUCAGACAGGGGGCCUUUCCACCACUCCAGGAGCUACCUAUCCUUUGUGGAAAGACACCGUCAAGGAUUUACAACCAGAUAUAAAAUAUACAGGGAGUUUGCCCGUUGGAAGGUGAGGAACACAGCCAUUGAGAGGAGAGAUCUGGUCCGUCAUCCAGUGCCCCUCAUGCCGGAGUUUCAAAGGAGCAUCCGUCUGCUUGGCAGGAGACCCACCACUCAGCAGUUCAUCGAUACCAUCAUCAAAAAGUACGGCACCCAUCUCCUCAUCUCGGCCACACUGGGAGGAGAGGAGGCAUUGACCAUGUACAUGGACAAAAGUCACCUCGACAGGAAGUCAGGGAAUGCCACGCAAAGUGUGGAAGCUCUGCACCAGCUUGCGUCCUCCUACUUUGUUGAUCGUGAUGGCACCAUGAGGAGGCUUCAUGAGAUCCAGAUAUCAACUGGAGCAAUCAAGGUCACAGAGACACGCACUGGGCCACUGGGCUGUAACAGCUAUGACAAUCUGGACUCUGUGAGUUCCGUCCUUCUGCAAAGCACGGAGAGCAAACUGCACCUUCAAGGUCUUCAGAUCAUCUUCCCUCAGUAUCUGCAGGAAAAGUUCGUGCAGUCGGCCCUGAGCUACAUCAUGUGCAAUGGCGAGGGGGAAUACGUGUGCCAGGACAGCCAGUGCGGCUGCCAGUGCGCCGAGGAGUUUCCACAGUGCAACUGCCCCGUCACCGACAUCCAGGUCAUGGAGCACACCCUGGCCAGCAUGGCCAAGUCGUGGGCAGAGGCGUACAAGGAUCUGGAAAACUCAGAUGAGUUUAAAUCAUUCAUGAAGCGUCUCCCCAGCAACCACUUCCUGACCAUUGGUAGCAUCCACCAGCACUGGGGCAAUGACUGGGACCUGCAGAACCGCUACAAGCUCCUGCAGAGUGCCACGGAGGCACAGAGGCAGAAGAUUCAGCGUACGGCCCGCAAGCUCUUUGGACUCAGCGUACGCUGCCGCCACAAUCCCAACCACCAGCUGCCUAGAGAGAGGACAAUUCAGCAGUGGCUUGCAAGGGUCCAAUCGCUUCUCUACUGCAAUGAGAAUGGGUUUUGGGGAACCUUCCUGGAGAGCCAGCGGAGCUGUGUGUGCCAUGGCAGUACCACCCUGUGCCAGCGCCCCAUACCCUGCAUCAUAGGCGGGAACAACAGCUGUGCCAUGUGCAGUCUGGCUAACAUCUCCCUCUGCGGGUCCUGCAACAAGGGCUACAAGCUGUACCGAGGCCGCUGCGAGCCCCAGAACGUGGACUCUGAGCGCAGCGAGCAGUUCAUCAGCUUCGAGACCGACCUGGACUUCCAGGACCUGGAGUUGAAGUACCUGUUGCAGAAGAUGGACUCGCGUCUCUACGUCCACACCACCUUCAUCAGCAAUGAAAUCCGCCUGGACACCUUCUUCGACCCUCGGUGGCGCAAGCGCAUGUCCCUCACUCUCAAGAGCAACAAGAACCGCAUGGACUUCAUCCACAUGGUAAUUGGUAUGUCCAUGCGCAUCUGCCAGAUGCGUAACAGCAGCCUGGACCCCAUGUUCUUUGUCUAUGUCAAUCCCUUCAGCGGGAGCCACUCGGAGGGCUGGAACAUGCCUUUUGGGGAAUUUGGCUACCCGCGUUGGGAGAAGAUCCGUCUCCAAAACAGCCAAUGCUACAACUGGACUCUCUUGCUGGGGAAUCGGUGGAAAACGUUUUUCGAGACAGUCCACAUCUACCUACGAAGUCGGACUCGGCUACCUACCCUUCUGCGUAAUGAGACUGGCCAGGGCCCCGUGGACCUGUCUGACCCUUCCAAGAGGCAAUUCUACAUCAAGAUCUCGGAUGUGCAAGUGUUCGGGUACAGCCUGAGGUUCAACGCCGACCUUCUCCGCAGUGCCGUGCAGCAGGUCAACCAGUCCUACACACAAGGCGGCCAGUUCUAUUCCUCUUCAUCCGUGAUGCUCCUCUUGCUGGAUAUUCGGGACCGAAUUAAUCGUCUGGCUCCUCCUGUGGCCCCGGGGAAGCCCCAACUGGACUUGUUCUCCUGUAUGCUGAAACACCGCCUGAAACUCACCAACAGCGAGAUCAUCAGGGUGAACCACGCCUUGGAUCUCUACAACACCGAGAUCCUCAAACAGUCGGACCAGAUGACAGCCAAACUCUGCUAACCCGGGACUCCUAGCCAUGGACUUUCCCCUUUGUUGUACAAAACACAACUGGACAAAACAAAGUAAAACAAAGUGAAACACAAAAAUUUGUAAAGUAUAAUUAAUAUUAAAAAAAACGGGAGGAAAAACAUCUUCAUUUGUUGGAAAUGAAACGUUCUAGCAACUGUAUAAAACCGUUGGGCAUGUUUGUUAUUUCUAUACUCUGCCAUGAAGAAGGGUCUCAGCCUUUAUGGAGUUUUGAGGGAGUUGCUUUGUAGGCCUCAGGUGCUGUAUGGAGGGGGGAGAGGGGGAGAGCAUAUGCAAUGAAUUGUAGAGAUCUCUGCUGUGCAGGUGCUAAGAUUAAACACUAAAGAGAGAGAGAGAUAUAUGUAAUGUACAAUUGACACUGCCAUUUUUCCUUGUGGGAGGAAAUGGACAUAGAUAAAGAAGAUAUUUCUUCGGUUAAGUUUUAUUCCCUCUGUAUGCUUCAUCCUUGUGGUUCCUUUGACUCAAGUCUCCAACAAGGGUGGGUACACGAUGGAUGACAUUCUCUUCUUUUCUUCUCAAUAAACCAAACUGAAUGGAAGGUGACCAGUAGGUGGGGUUGUGAGGAGACACAUUCACAUAAUCACAGGACAGUAAGUGACCUUAGGUGUCAACUCAUCAGACUUCUUAGCCGGAGAGAUAGGCUAAGAGAAGGAUACCACGCCCAUGGUUUUCCCCUCAGUUACUGCCUGAAUGUGGACCUGAAUCCUAUCUUCUGACUCCCUUAAUAAUGUGCCUUCUUUUGAAUCACGCUGGCCACUUUCAUAUUUUCCCCUCCAACAAAGCCGCCAAGGGACUAAGUAUUUUCCUGAGGUUGUUUUGAUAGUUGUUUUGUGUGUGUGAAGAACUUCCUCCCACCCACUUUCUCUGAAGGAAAGAGCCUAGUGUCAGAUUUCCUAGAAAUGCUUUCCAUAUUAAAGAUAAAGUCUUAGUCUGAAUAAAAUCAGUAAACAAAAGUUUAAAAAAAUAAGGCAAGUUUUAGUAUUGCAUUGAUGUACCAUUUUCUACAAGACAGACUUUUCAGCUAAGUCAAAGAAUUAUCACUGUAUUAACUCAUGCAGGCAUAUGUAUGUGUCCACCCAUACGGCAAUAUAAGCAUGGCCAUCUUGGGGGCGGGCAUGUGAAAAGUAAGAAGCCUUCUGGGGCACUUAAGGUUAAAUUAGAGAAAGCUCACCUCAAAGUACCUCUCCAAAGGAUUUUCACAGACAUUGCUUCAAGUUUCUAGAAACCCAGAAUUUAUCUUUUUACUGGGUGGCACUUGGGAAAGGUGCUUCCUAGCCAUCUGGACCUCAUUUCUGCAUUGGCAGUGAGAUGCAGCAUUACAAAAAUUUAGGGUUGGGAAGAGAAUAUAGAAUUAUUUUGGUCUAAGAUUCUGCUCAGUGCACAUCUCCUCUUCAUCAUUGUUGGAAAUUGGCCACUCUUCACUGAUUGGACUACUGCAGGACAGAAAGCUAAUUAGUUCUAUUUUCUGCUUUCCUUUGAUUCUUUAACAGAAGGAAAGCAAAAACCCCAUUCAGCUUACAUUAUCACACAGAUGUAGUGAUUAGAAUACCUUUCCAUACUUUGACCAGCCAGCCUUUCAUGGUUUCAUCUACAGGCUUUAGUUCUGGGAUUGCAUCUCCCCCCUCAUACUAAUAUCCUAGAUGAAAUACAGGAUUGAAUUUAGAGGCCAGGGUCUGUGAUAGGACAUAUGAGUGAACACUAUCCCUGAUUUACUUUAAGACUUAAGGAAAAGUUCUCAGUACAUAAGCGGUGACGAACUACCUAGCUUCCCUAAGUGUGGAUGUAGGAAAGAUAAUUUUCUUUGCUGCAAUGGUAAACUCUGGCUUAUGUGUGUGUUUUUAGUAUGGAUAAGCAUAUAUUUUAUACCAACUUCUUCAAUGGUUGGCAUGCACUUUACACUUCUGUGGGUUCUAGACCUCAGCUUUUAAAACUGUUAUUUUUCAUGUAGUCUGGAAAUCCCUCUUGCCAGACGUCACAGUACAGCUUGGUUCAUCCACCACAAGGAGAUUUUGCAGGAGUCCAGCAAAUCAUCAAACGUUUCUUAAGCAACUAACAGAUGAAUGGAGAGUGUCGGAAACGUAAAUAUUUGUAAGUAAAUGAUCCACACUUAUGUACCACUCAGAAAUUAAUGAAAAUGAGAAAUACAAAUAAAUUUGAGAAACAAUAAUUACAGUACAUCAUAAGGAAGUGCUAUGAUGGAGUCAAGCUCAGAAAGAAGAGCCGUAAGGAAAUUGUUUCCUCUGUUCGUGAGGUUGGAAAAGGCUUUAAUAGAAGGGAUGUAUUCUUUCUGAAUAUUGGGAAGCCAUCAGCAUUUGGACAAGCAGAGAGGACAAAAAUGAUCAAAGGAACAGUGAAGGCAAAGCCACAAAUGUGCAACUAUGCCUUAGGAGGUGUAAGGGUCAGUUAUGACAAUUUUUAAAAUGUCAUUGAAACCUACUUCUGUUUAGAGUCAAUUCUAGAUGAAUUCAGGUGGAAACAAACAUCCAUAAUCUCUAGGAUCUGAGCGACGCGCUUCAGGCUGCUUUACUGUCGCCCCACCUGCUCUUCAUGGCGACUUCCAACCUUCCGUGGGCUCCGCAUGCAAUGGCCCUUCGUACCUCCACAGCACUGCGUCGCCUAAUCUUUGUCAUAAUUAAAUGGGGACCUUUAAACUGAAUCCUUGACCAGACUUUACCAUGGAUGUGUGGGGAAAGCCUAUGCUGUUCAUUUUCAUAGUAUUAUCUUAGCUAUUUCAUUAAAUAGAGAUAAUGUAGAUGUGCCUAAAGAUAGGAAAGCAAAGGGAAAUAGAGGAAAUUUCCAGGAGAAAGACCCAGUCAUCCAAAGUUUAUUCUACACUAAGAGGAAAGUACAUGAAAGAAUGUAACAUGCUGUGGAUUUCCAAAUGUCUUUAGCUCAGGUUUGGCUGGCCCUUUGAACUUACAAGGUUCCCUUUUUGCAGAGAGGAACAGAAGCCUAAAGCCUUCAAGUGAGAUUUUAAUUCAAUUAGUGUCUUAUCAAUUUGAUGCAGCAACUAAGGACCUCUAGUCUCUGAUUAAUAUGCUGGUGCUAAGACACAAGAGUGAACAGAAUGCCCAUUUGGAUGAGGGCUGGUAGCAAAGCAUGUCAUUGCCAUGGAAACCACAGAAAGCCAUUAAUUAGCUAUCAAAUAAAAUCAUUGAAAAUUCUAGACUUUGGCAUAUCUGCCCCCUUUAAAGAGGAGGGCAAGAAGAGGGUCACAAGAACUGUAAGACUCCUUUCCUUGAUUAAAAUCAUAGUUGCACAGAGACAAUGUGUUGCAAAGUGGGGGAAAGGUUAGUGUGUAAAACAAAUGCAUGGGAUAGAAAUUAAGCUUUGGGAUUAUUCAAGUCUAAGAAUAUAAUUUGGACUCUAGAGUAGCUUGUUGUCUGUACUGAUAGAAUCAUCUCAAUGAUGUUUUAUUCUAUUAUCAUUUCUAUACAAAGUAAUAAUAAUCUGGGUCCACUAGAUGGUGAUAAAUGACUAAGGAAGAUAUUCUACCAUCUAUCAGUGGGGAGUAAUUAACCUCUAAGAGAUGCAUAUAGAUAAUUUUCAAAUCAAUACAGGAAAAAUAAAAAUUGAGAAACAGAAAAAGGAAAAAUUAAAAUAGCUGGACACAUGUAAACAGGUAGAAUAGUAAAACUUGCUACACAACUUAUCACAAUAAAUGUAAUUGGAUAAAACUUGACUGCAAAAAACGAGAGGUUUUCAGAUCAUAAAUUGCAAAAAAGACUGACUACAAAAAGGUCAAUAAAUGUAUACUAGACAUACCAACAAAAAGAAAGCUGUUUUAGCAUUCUCAAUGCAGUCAAAAUAGACUAAAAGAAAAAUACAUUAUCAUGGUUAAUGAUGGUCAAUUUAUCUGAAGAAUGGACAGAAGACAACACAGAGUCACAGACUCCAGGGGAAGAAAAGAUCAUUACGUAGAACUUCAAAUUUCAGAGAAAAGUUAUUCAGUUAUUCUAGCAGGUUUGAAUAUUGACUGCGAGUAGUUUCUUUUUCACUGUCUCAAAGUGCAAAGUCAUGUAGCCUAAUCUCCAAACCAGGACAAGAAUCAGCCCCAUGACCUUUGAACUGCUGAGUUAUAAGUAUAUAAAUAUAUAUCAGUCCUCUCUCUCUCUCUCUCUCUCUCUCUCUCUUUCUCUCUCUCUCUCCCCCACCCCCCACCACCUGGCCUCAUAAUCUUUUUCAUCAAAAGGCAUUUCUGUGAUUUAGGACCAAUCGAUUCCUUAGAAGAUUAUAAUGAUUUUAGACUGGGUGGUCACUUUCUUGCUAUGAUAUCAAUAGCAUCAAUGGCUCCAGCCCUGCCAAGCAGAAAUCAGGCAGAGAUUGCCUGAGUGAACUCUCUUAUCUUCAAUAUUUGUUCUCUUUCCAAACCACCAUCAGAACCUGGAUUUAGAAGCAUAAGGUCAUUCUUCACUUUUUGAUAUCUGGUGGUCUGUGGACAUUCUGAGUUAAGAUAUAUGAUACACUUUCUGAUUCUCUUGACUUGGAAUCCUCCAACCCUCUCAACAAACCUGCCAAUGAAAAUCACGCCAAGAAUAAAAUAGAAUAAAUUUGCAUCUAAGCCAGGAAAUAAUGUCGUGUAUUACAUAAACAUAUCCAAUAGUAUAUUUUGGAGUAAAUAGAAUCUCUUUAACCUUACUUAAUUUACAGGGUGGUGCACAUCUCUUUGAGAAGCAUGAAAGCUCUGGUCUUUUCCCAGUAAAAAUAUACCCUCACAUACACUUUUGAACAAUAUCUCUUGAUCUCUUGACUAUUUCUAAAUGCUACAAAUCUUGAGUAAGUAUCUCUGAACUUGUCUAAACCAUGAGUUUACCUCCCUUUUAAGUAUCUCAGAAGAGAUUGUCCUAGGAUCACAUAUCAAAUUAAUGUAGUUUGUAAAGCUUCAUCCUGCCCUCAAGAAGUCUUUAUAAAAUGACAAAUCUCUUCAUAAGAAUGGUAGUUAUGGUCACUUUAAUAAAACACAUAUUAAAUGCAAACUUACUAUGUAGCUAUGUUCUCUUUCAGCCCCAACUGAAAGAAAGAGGCUUCCAAAUGGGAAAUAAAUGAGCAAUGUAAAAGAAUGAGAAGCAAUGACUGACACAUAUGUACUGCAUCAUCAGGAGACAGAGUCUAGGUCCCUAAAGCCAUGAAGUCUGGACAUGAAGUUUGAAGGAGACAUCACUAAAGCAAUUUUAAAAAAAUCUGUUAAGUAGCUUCAAAUAAGCAAAUGAAGUUCAAAGUUGAGCCCGUGCUACAUCCUCAGCAUCCAAUACUGAGUUUAGGAUCUGAUUUUUGCCCCCAAAUUCUUGGUCUGAUAGGUAUCCCUGAAGCUGUUAUAGUUCCAUCCAAAGGCCAUUCUUUCCCAAAGACUGGACGAAAUGCCUCUGUUAGUGCUAUAGCUUCAUUGUCUUUAUACAUGUGCUAAAUGGAGUCCAUUAGCUAAGGAGGAAAACAGCUCCCAUAAACAUUUUAAACAGGAGCUACAAAGCUGAUAAUAGGGGAAGGUUCAACAGAAUGGGUGUAACUGAAACCAUUGUGGUCCAUGGCUCCUGAAAGCCCAUCCCAGGCCCAGUGUAAUCCUAUAGAAUCGGUGGGGCUCUUUAGAAUGGACGAGAAAGACCGAGAGUAACUUCAACAGACAGUAGACAUGGUUCUAUCCAGACUUUGUCUUUGCUCAGCUUCCUGCUGUCACCCUACUUGCUCACAUGAUUGGUAUUUCCUGAUCCCAAGCUGCCAGUCUAAAGUUUACGGAUGAUGUCAUGCAGAUGACUGUGCUUACCCUAUCUACCAAGUCCUAGACAUCUUAACCAGGGAUGCAACAUUGGUCUGACUAUGUCACAGACCUGAGUAAGUAAGGAAGUCGUAGGGCUCUUAUAAAAUUAGGCUAUGAUUAUAAACACUGCCAAGGGUUUGUUAAUUGUAUGGUGUUACUUUGAAUAAUUAAUAAUUAUAAAUUAACACUAAUGUCACCUGAUAUUUUGUCAGUGUUCAAAAUAUUAUGAGCUUAAAGACUUAACCCAGGCAUGGGGUUUUUCUGAAUUACAACUCAUUUUCCAAUUCACAUGUUGGAGAUUUAACCAGUACAUUCAACAAUAUUUUUGGCAUCCUCCGACAGCAGAGAGUACUGCGGCUAAGAGUGCUGACUUAGAGGUAAGAAACAAGGCUUGGAGCAUGGCUAUUUAUCAGCUGUGCAACUUGACAGAAUAUGUGGCCUCUCCGUGAUUCUUCUGUAAAUAAAAAGAGUCUUAAUAGGCCCUCCCUAUUAUGGUUGUUAAGAGAAUUAAGUGCUUUAAACAAGAAAGAGUCUAGAAUAGUGCCUGACACACAGGAAACCCAUUUGUUAAAUAAAUUUCAUAAAUAAAACUUGCUUGAUAGAUAGAUAUUAAAUUACUGUUAACACAUAGUAGCUAAGAUCAAAUGAGCUCAUUUUACAGACCAAAUACUAAAAUAAGAGUUUGUUGGAUGUUAUCUAUAUCUUGGUCUACUGGGGCUUUUGUAAUACAAUACGUACA